AUGGCUGAUCACCCCUUAUACAACACCUACUUACUGAAGCGCAAUCGAGCCGAAGCCACCAGGCUCGGAUCACAGCAUCUUCUAUGGAAACUACACAUGAAACAUGUUCUUCACCCCGAUAUCCCCAUCAAAGAGAACAUGGCAAUUGCCGACAUCGGGGCAGGCACGGGAAUCUGGGCCAUUGAAGUAGCCAUGCAGCUUCACUCUUCGGCUCGAGUCGCAGCGUACGAUAUCGCCGAUACUCACUUUCCUCUCCCAGAAUAUCGCCCAUCGAACGCCACAUUCGAUGUGCUCGACUUCCUCGGCGAGCUUCCGUCGUCUCUGGUUGGCCAGUUUGAUGUUGUUCAUCUACGCACGUGGGCAUUUAUCAUUCGCGAUAAUGAUCCUAGCCGGCUGAUUCAGAAUGCCGCCAAAAUGCUCAAGCCUGGUGGUUAUAUUCAGUGGGAGGAUGCUCGGUUCGACAGUGCGGUGGUCAGAGGUGAUGCCGCACUCAAGAUGCGACAGAUGAUGAGCCUCAUGAGCGGUGCCACGAAGCUUAAUUUCGAAUGGGUUGAAAAAAUUGACCAGCAUGUGAAUCUGGAAGCCGACUUGGAAGUAAUCGACUGCCAGUACAAGCCGUGGUCAAACCAGCUGAUUCCACUCUGCAUGGACACGUUUUUCGUGGCACUGGAGAAUAGUGGGGCGAUUCUGGAUCGUCUGAAGCAAGUGGAGCCAUCUGUGCCGAGCUCAGAUGAAUGGAUGAGCGCUCUGGAAAAUGUCCAGAAAGAAAGUCGCAACAGUGAUCAGCUUUACUGGCACCCAGUGACGCUUCUAGCUCGAAAGAGUGGUUGA